AUGAGGUCUCUUCAGUGUGCGACCGCAGCAGUCUAUUUUCAUCCACACAUCAUUUGCACUUGCUACACUCUUCACUCUCCUUCCAUUCUGCUGCUCCCCGUCCCCUUCACAACCUGUCCUCUCCCCUCCUUCCCCUCGGCCCUUUCUCUCCCUUUCCAGGUCUGCAACUUCUCAUCCCAGCAGGUCGCUCACACGGGAGUGGCAGUGGCGGGGACAUGGAGUGCACAGGCAGCAGCUGCUCUCCACCCAACCCACCCGCAGCUAAAAGUGGCAGUGGCGGGGGACAUGGAGUGCACAGGCAGCAGCUGCUCUCCACCCAACCCACCCGCAGCUAAGUUCCUGCCCUGCCUCUCUACUCCCGUUCUCUCUUGUUUCCUUUGCUGCAUCUCCUGUUUCUUCUUGCUUCAAACGCAAGCCUCUGGUUCAGCCAAAGCUUCAAGCCACAGACCCGUUUUUUCUAAGGUGGAGGGGAGGGGCGUGGGGGUCAACACCGCCACUUUCUCACGUCUCUCCCGUGUGGCCGUGCAGGUGGCAGUGGUGGGAGGGGAGGGGGGCAGCACUCCACUUGGCUGGGGUGGAAGGGAGAGUAUCGGGCUGGGUCGUCUGAGCCAAGGUCACGUGGGGUCUGGGGAGGGGGGCAGCAUUGCACUCGGCUGGGAUGGGAAGGGAGAGUAUGGGGCUGGGUUGUCUGAAGCAAGCAGCCUGAGGCAUCAUGGCGCUCUGCAUGGCUCUGGUAGGUGGAGUUAA